UCCUUACUUUUUUUAUUCCAGAAUUCCAGAGGCAUUUCUUAUCUCUUGAAGGAUAGCGUCCCAAUUACUGAAUUUUCAGCUUCAGGACCAUUUGAAGGUUAUGAUCUUCUGCGUAGAGGCUUUACAAGUGUGAAAAAUGAAUUGUUGCCCAGCCACCCACUGGAGUUGUCAGAAAAAAAUUUCCAGUUUAAUCAAGAUAAAACAAACUUUGCCACACUGAGAAACAUUCAAGGACUCCACGCACCUUUAAAGCUGCAGAUGGAAUUCAGAGCAGUGAAACAGGUCCAGCGUCUCCCAUUUCUUCACAGCUCAAACGUAGCACUGGAUACUCUGAGGGGAAAUGAUGAAUGCAUCGGUUUUGAGGAUAUCCUUAAUGAUCCUUCACAGAGUGAGGUUAUGGGAGAACCACACAUGAUGAUGGAAUACAAGCUUGGUUUAUUGUAACAAUGUACUCCACAAAAAUGUUUUGUGCGUGUCUUUAUACUGCAGAUCUGAAUACAUGAUACUAAAUUGACACUCGCGGUGUUAAGCAGUCCUUCAGUUACCACUUGCCUUCCUUGAUGAAAAGGCACAUUAAAUGUUUAAAGUCUAAAUUGUUCUGUGCUUAUUGUCAAUUAUAUAAAUGUCCUGUAACUAGGUAGUUUAAAUAAUGUCUCUUCAUCCACUGCUCAGGACAGUAGCUUCUUAACUAUGGAAAUGCUAUAUAUGUAUACAAGAAAUCCAAAAAUACCCAUGCAUUUUAAAACUGAUUACUGUCGGUAAAUGCAUUUAAUGGAUGUUCUUGCAGAAGAACUUUUUAAGGGGGAAAAGAAGGUAUUUUCCAUUGAGUAACUCUUUGUUCAUGAAAAUUUCCAUACACUUUUUAAACUAUUGAAUAAAAGUUUGCUAUAAAUGCUGUUGCGUUCCAAAAUAUAUUUAAUCAUAAAUCAAGAAUCUCUUAUCCGC